UACCCUAUACACACACGCGAUGCUACUCACAAGACGCAUGCAUCUACCUGCCUAGGUACGUGAUAUUAACUAACAACCGACAGUUUGGAAUAGGAGUGGCGGUCAGCCUAUGACUUUCGGUUCUUGCUGUGUAUUGCUGGUAUUAAGCGCCGGCCCUGACCCCCUCCCCAGGACGUCCGCUGAACCUGCAGCACCCCUUCAGCCAGUCAUAUUCCCUGUUCAACGUGGAGAUCACCACCUGCAGCCCGCCGCUGUGCACCCAUGCCCAUGCGACUCUGUCGUUCUUGCGGUGUACCUAGCAAAACGCUGGAAUUUCCCCCGUUGGCUGGGGUUUGCCGGUGUCAUGUACGUUAUAUGCAGCUGUCGACGACUGUCCUGGUUUCAACUAUUUGAAACAGACACGACGGUUACAGUCGCAGCAACAUUGUCUGCUUGCUUACGUUAAGUCAGGUAGGCAAGGCGACCAACUGAAAGAGUUGAGAUGAAAUUUAUUGCCGUGCUAAAGCCGAUGUCUUUUUCCUUCUUACUAUGAGCCAUUUCCUACAGGCUACAAGCUCUGUCUCAGUGCAUAUACGGUUGGUAAUCUGGUAAUUUAGGAGCCAAUCUCAAGCCAAGGA